GGGAUGGAAAGUGAUGGACGGCAAGGAUUCCGAGGUCUGAUAGUUGUAUAUAACCCCUUCCGGUCCGGAAUCAGUGGUAGUUAAUCAAGCGUCUUUUCUACAAAUUUUCUAAAUCACAUCUUCGAAAUGAGCGUCACUUACGAGGUUUUCCGCGGCUCCGAGGAGGGCAAGAUUGUCCCUGACAAGGUCACCAGCACCCUCGGCCACAACGAUGUCUUCAUCGAGACCACUCACUCCGGUCUCUGCGGUACCGACGAGCACUACCUGAAGACCAACCAGGUUCUCGGCCACGAGGGUAUCGGUAUCAUUAAGGCUGUCGGCCCCGGUGUCAAGACUGUCAAGGUCGGAGACCGUGUUGGAUACGGAUACAUCCACAAGGUCUGCGCUACCUGCGACAACUGCGCCACCGGUAAGACCUUUCUUUCAACUGACAGCCUCUGGCCGCAAUACUAA